AUGGCAGAUACAUCUGAUUUCCAGCGAGAGCAGAAGCAGCAGUUCUCUUGGCAGUAUGCAGUGACCCGUGUUGGUGGUGCUGCUGGUUCACACUGUGACAUCCAGUGUCCAGAUCUAGCUGGAAGACUGUUAGAUUUCUCUUGCAGACCAGGAUUCUAUAAAGCAUUUGCUGGGAACACAAAGUGUUCUAAAUGCCCUCCGCACAGUUUAACCUACCUGGAAGCAACUUCUGUUUGUCAGUGUGAAAAGGGUUACUUCCGAGCUGAACAAGACCCACCUUCCAUGGCGUGUACCAGGCCACCUUCAGCUCCUAGGAAUGUGGUUUUUAACAUCAAUGAAACAGCCCUUAUUUUGGAAUGGAGCCCACCAAGUGACACAGGAGGGAGAAAAGAUCUCACAUACAGUGUAAUCUGUAAGAAAUGUGGCUUAGACACCAGCCAGUGUGAGGACUGUGGUGGAGGACUCCGCUUCAUCCCAAGACAUACUGGCCUGAUCAACAGUUCUGUGAUAAUACUUGACUUUGUGUCUCACGUGAAUUACACCUUUGAAAUAGAAGCCAUGAAUGGAGUUUCUGAGUUGAGUUUUUCUCCCAAGCCAUUCACAGCUAUUACAGUGACCACGGAUCAAGACGCACCUUCCCUGAUAGGUAUGGUAAGGAAGGACUGGGCGUCCCAAAAUAGCAUUGCCCUAUCAUGGCAAGCACCUGCUUUUUCCAAUGGAGCCAUACUGGACUACGAGAUCAAGUACUAUGAGAAAGAGCAGGAGCAGCUCACCUACUCCUCCACGAGGUCCAAGGCCCCCAGUGUCAUCAUCACAGGCCUCAAGCCAGCCACCAAGUACGUAUUCCAUAUCCGGGCGAGGACUGCUACAGGAUACAGUGGCUACAGCCAGAAGUUUGAGUUUGAGACAGGAGAUGAAAGUAAGUUUCACACGAGGACAUAA